AUGAACGGCUCCGUAGACCCUUUCAAAGAAGUCGCAAAGUUUACAGACUAUGCCGACUUCAAGCAGUGGUGCUCCCACAACAAACUCCCCCGUGGAUACGCAAAGGCAGUUUGGGAUUUCCACGAGAAGGAAGCCCGCGAUAUGGAAUAUAAACGCGAACGGCGCCACAACAUUUUCGAGGACGGCGACCCUAUCGCUGGAACCAUCACGUCCCCUGCACUGCUCGACCUUCGCUUCGACGCACCCAUCCGCAAGACCCUUGUUCUUGUCGGUCCAGCCGGUUCCGGGAAGGUUCGAUGGGUUCUCGAAAACAGCCCCAAGCCGAUCUACAUCAUUCGUUCCCCAAGCGACCUCCGCGGCUUCAGCAAGUUCCUGCAGCGAUUUCCCGGUUACAUCAAGUCGAUGCUCUUUAUCCAGAUGGAUUUCAAGAAAUAUCCUUAUAACGAGCAGAGAAACGUGGUGGAAAGCCAAGUCCCCACUGCCCGUAUUCCUUACCACGGACAUGGGGUAAAAAUCCCAGUCAAUAUUCAGAGGACAUUUGUCUGGAGCGGCGACGGAUUCCCGUUUGGAGAAGAAGCGGGGGUCAGGCGUAGGAUGCAUAUAGUUAAUACAAAUCUUGCUGAGUAA